AGCGCCAAGAAGCACAUGCAGAAGAAAGAUCAGAGACUGAGUCCUUCGCACCUGAGAACGACGCAAGUCAGAGGAACUGUGCAACAAGCAUCUGUGGCCUGCAGUUUCUUCUGCAAGAUGGCGGGAGGAGAGAGAGGUCCUGAAGCAAGGCACUUUCCCCAUGCUUCCCCAGCCCUCGCCUCACCGCACAUAGCGCCCCCGCCUCUCACCAUGGGCGUUAACAGCCGGAACAUCGCGGCUUAUGGGCGGGCGGGCCUGGUCUUGCUUCUUGGGCGUUUCAGCUCAGCCGCCAUCCUCAAGCCGGUCUUCGAAGACGGGUCGUGCGAGCGGGGCUGGUUCAGCUGCGGCGACAACGGGACCCAUUGCAUCGAGCAGCGGUUCCUGUGCAACCAGGAGGAGGAAUGUCCCGAAGGCGAGGAUGAAGAAGGAUGCGUGAACGACAAGGGCGACAACCAGGUGAUGAAGAAGAUCCUGAGCAAGGCUGUGUUUCCGUGGCAGGACAGACACAGAUGCAGUCUGACCAAAUACCCAAGCGCGUGUGUCUGCAGGAAAUUGACCAUGCUCCACUGCCCUGGAAUUGACAUCUUAGAAGUCCCGCAAGACAUCGACCCAGCUGUCACCGCCCUUCUACUCCAGAACAACUCCAUCAGCUUGAGUCGAAACUCCUUCUCGCGCUACCCUCAACUCACGCUCCUCCACCUGGAAAGCAACAACUUGACCCAGCUGCCGGAUGGUGCGUUCCACGGCCUCAACCACCUGCGGCGCCUGUUCCUGAUGAACAACGCCCUGAAGGAGUUGACCCCGGAUGCCCUGGAAGGCCUGUCCUCGCUCGUGGACCUUGACCUGACCACGAACCUCGUCUCGGACUUCGAUUCACUCAUGAGUCAUCUGCCGAAGCUCGAGUCGCUCUGGCUCAACCACAACCAAGUUACUCUCGAGGGACGGUCUGUGAGUCCGAGAUCAAGACACCUGCUCGAGCUGUCACUGGAGAACAACAUGAUAAAGAAGAUAACGAAGGACUCCCUCAAGGGCCUCACUGGCCUUACGUCACUGUACCUCCGCCACAACCAGAUCAGGAGCAUCGAGCCCGGAGCCUUCCUGCAGCAGCGGCGCCUGCUCGAUCUAGAGCUCAACUAUAACCUUCUGAGCCACUUGGCUGACGGAUAUGAUCAUCCGCCAUGGGCCUCAAGUCCCUCGUGUUUUAGUCUGUCAAUGCGGCAUUUCCUCUCUCUUGCUAAAUUUCACUGGCAAUUACUCCAGGCACGUGUUCUCACAAGCAUCGUGCUUGGUCUUUCUUGCAUUAGACAAUCGGUAGACCGUGCGUAUUCUCCAAUACUUGCUUUUGGUUCCAGGAGCGAGUUUAUGACGGACCCAUGUGCCUGGAGGCCAUUCGCUCUUCUGACUUUCCUGGAGUCUGACAGCCGUGAGGAUACGUUGUCUCAAGAGGCGAAAGCCUUAGGUCCUCGCUGGUGUGUCCCAUGGAAUGAUUCGUUGUGCUCUCUAUCUCUUAAAGCAGCCCACGACGGCCUUUACAAUGACUCAAACGCCUCAGAAAGAUUGGGCGAAACCUUGUAUGGUACACUGGCAGUGUUAGAUGCCUCGAACCUGGACGGCAACCCGCUUCAGGUUCUAGAAGUUUCCACGCUCUCGGCUCUGCCCAGCCUAGCGUCGCUACGCCUGACGGAGAUGGACCUUCAGGAGGACGUCUUGGUCAACAUCUCCAACGGACUAGGACUUCAGACGGCGCCCAAUCUCUCCCACAUAUACACGUUAAGGUUCCGGUAUUGUGGCCACUUCCCCACCGUUCCCGACUGCCACCCCAAGACAGACGGUGUAUCGUCCUUCGAACACUUACUCGUAAGGGUGGAACUUCGUGUAGCUGUGUGGCUUGUGGCGUUCCUCACCCUGCUAGGUAACGUGACCGUGCUCGGGGGGCGGGGCUUAGCGAGGGGAGAUAACAAGUUGCUCUCGCUCUUCAUAAGGAAUCUCGCCGUUGCCGACCUCCUCACCGGGCUGUACCUCCUGGUGGUGGCGGUGAAGGACCAGGAGUUCAGGGCAGAGUACCACGAACACGCUUACUACUGGAUGACCUCGUGGGAGUGUACGAUUACGGGAGUGCUGGCUAUGACUUCGGCUGAGGUGUCCGUCCUGGUCCUGGCCUUCAUGUCCGUCGAGCGGUGGAUGUGCAUCGCCUGGCCCCUCAGGAGUCCUCGGCUCUCCCUGCGCAGCGCCAGGAGUGUCCUCGCCGGGAUAUGGGCGCUGGGCCUCCUGCUGGCGCUCGCUCCAGUGAUGUACUACCGCAGCAAGCAGGGCUUCUACGGGACGAACGGACUGUGCUUCCCGCUGCACCUGGACGAUCCCUGGGUCCCCGGGUGGCUCUACUCGGCGCUCGUCUUCGUCGGCAUCAACCAAGUCGGGGUGGUGCUGAUCCUCCUGGCCUACACGGGGAUGUUCCUGAGCAUCCGCCUGACCCGGGGGUCGACGCCCCUCAACCAGGGGGACCGCGAGUUCGCCCUCAGGUUCUUCUUCAUCGUCUUCACGGACUGCCUCUGCUGGACGCCCAUCAUCGUCCUCCGCGUCCUCGCCCUCGCGGGGGUCGCCAUCAGCCCCAAGCUCUAACGCCUACGUGGUGGUGGUCCUCCUGCCCAUCAACUCGGCCAUCAACCCGUUCCUCUACACCUUCACGACCGUCAAGUUCCGCACUCAGGCCCGCCGCUCCUGUCCCGGCGCGGCUGCUGCCCUCUG